AUGGCGCACGUUCGGCGCAGAUCACUACACCAAUCAACACGGGGCGGUGUGCAGGUCGGGGGCUUCGGCAGGAAUGUGUAUGCGCGGUCGUGGAUGGUGCAGCAGCGAGCAGCAGUGCCAAAAGCAUGGGAGGGGAGUCAUGCCAUGCCAUCCAUCCCGUACCCCCGCGCACCGCCGGCACCAAAACCACCCACCCCCCACCAAUUUCACAGCCCGUCAUCUCCUGCAAUCAUGUUGCCGUCCGUAGCCGUCGCGUUGCUGCUGCUCGCCGCGUCGGUUCCGGCGUCGGACGCGAAGGUGCGGUCCGGCUGCAUCAGGAACUACCAAUGCCCGCGUCGCGGCAGCAACCAGUGCGGCCUCUACUAUGUCUGUUCCACUUCUGCGAAUCCCAAGCCGCCCUACACCCUGCAGACCUGCGACACAUGCGCGUUUCGGGACAACGUUAAUGCCUACGCCCAAGUGUGCAACUACGAGACCGGCCGAUGCAACGUUAACAUAAUUGAUGGCAGGCCUUGUGCGACAGAUAAACAAUGUGGCGCUUCGGGACAGUUUAAGUGCCUGGUGAACAAGAACAGCAAAGCCAAGCCGCAGGCCAAGCGUUGCUGCAGAUCCCGGCCAUCAACGGCCCCCGUGCGGUUGCGCGUAUCCGCACGGAUCCAGGUCGACCGCCGGAAGCAUCUCGAGGAGCUCUUCCGGCGUCAGCUGGAGGAAGAGAAGCGGCGGACUGAAUCAGCUGUGACAUGCCCAGUGGAUUGCGUGCGGGAGGUGCGGACUAUGGCUGAUCUGGAAGCGGAGCUGCUUACAGCGGAGCAGAAUAUGCAGCUGGUGGUUGUGGAUUUCUACAAUUCGUCAUGUGGCUCGUGUAGAUACAUUCUUCCCAGAUUCAUAGACCUCUGCAAAUCAGGCUGUCAGGGUGACUCUGAGUGUGCAGUGGAUGGAUUUGCAGUUUCAGACAACACCACGAUUGAUAGGGUUACAACGGGUGGAAUCGCAAGCAAUGUUUCUCCAGCAGCAGCUGAAGAGAGCAAGGAUGCAGAUGCUGUUGACUCUGAAACAGUGCGGCAGGAGUUUUCAGCCGUUCGGUUUCUCAAGCACAAUGUCCGGGACGACUAUGACGACUUAACGGAAAUUGCCCUGCUGUAUCGCAUCAAGCUGGUUCCCGCCUUUGCCUUUUUCAAGGACGGUUCUUGCAUUGGCCAGAUCGCAACAAGGAACACUUCCAGGGUGGCAGCUGCGCUGGCAACCCUGCUAUCAGGGCACAAGCUGUGA